GGAGCCCGAAGCUUGUCCUGAUCCCUGAGGAUGGCUCACUUUCAGCUCUACCACCAUUCUGUUACAGCACACCUCGAAUUGCAUGCUGCUGCAGAUCUGCAGCAUUCUGCAGCCUGAUUCUGUCAGCUUGCUCCUCAUCCUUUUCCGUGGCCAGACCAUCGUUCCACAUCCAAUCCACCUUCGAUGUUUUCUAGGAUGUCACGUGUGCAUGAUCUGGUAGUCUGGAAAGUUGGUGUAAGCUUUCUGGUCUGCUUUGACCAUCUUUUGCCUUACAUCUAAUCCGCGUGCUGUGUACAUGUACAGUGAACAGCAAAGUGCACAGUACACCGUAUCCGUGAUUAUGCAGGGAUGGUGCUGCCAGCGCACGGAAAGCCGUUGCUUUCUUGGAUUCGAUCUUAAUUGACGGUCUUGUUUGCACGCGUCGUAGUUUGUAACGUAUGCGGACGGAAAUUACCCUAGAGAAUGUAAACGCAUUCCGCUGCGCCUCUGGGUAACCUCGUUUUGACCCAGUGGGUAGCGAGGCGUUAUAUAGUUAGCGACCCCGCGCAAUGCGACGAGAUUGACCACCGAAGAUUGCUGCUUGCCUAGGACUGUAGUGAUGCGAAGCGGUCCUGUUAUUAUCGUACAGUUUCAUUUGUUAUUUCAAAAGAUGACAAACAAGUACUGGAUCGCCUGUUCGGUCGCGUUCUCAGGUCGACGCUUAGUACAUGUGGACAUCGCAAUCAUCGUCGCUCAUCUCCUCCAUCAGUCUCUACAUCGGCUACUGCAAUCUGUUCGCCAUGACUCCUCUCUCACUCUCUCCCCUCCACCAAUCAUCCCCCCUCCCCCCUUCCCCACCCCUUCCCUCUCCUAGUAUCCGCUAACACGACUCCUCCCUCCCUCGUAGUACUGUACACUCAUGACUCUGACUCGCUUCUUCUCUCCCCGCUUCGUUGUGUCGUGUCGUGACUCGUGAUUUGACCUCCCCUUCCCCUUCCCCUUCCCCUUCCCCUUCCCCUUCCCCUU